AUAUACCGAAUAUGCACCCACGCCCCUCCUCGCCCUUCCCACUUUCACCUCACCCCUCUCUCUCCACCCUUUCUGCCUUCGCCACUCUCCACCCUGCCGUGCGUCAUGCUACCCGCCGGGAAGACCACGCCGUCGUCAGGCGCCUCUCUCGUGCUGGCCGGCAACAAGGCCGCGUCGGCGUCGCCUUCGGUGGUCUCCGCCAAGCAAGCGCCGGCCGGCGCCGCCGGCGGUCUGGUGCUUGCCGUGGACGGCAAGCGCUCGGUGGCCACGCUCGCUGCCGUCCAGGGACGCGGCCCCGCCUUCUCCGACGACGACCUCAAGCCCAAGGCGUUCUCGGCGGAGAAGAUCAAGACCAUGGCUGAGGAAACGUCCGCUCUGCUGCGGGGCCUCUGCGUUCCAAAGCAGAGCAGCAUCGCCGAGCAGGCUUGCUUCACCAAAGAAGUCGAGGCCCUCCAGAAGGCGUGCGACGGGAUGGUCGAAGGAGCACCCUUCGACGAAGAUGAGGCCAUCAACAUGCUGAUCGGCGUGCAUGCUCGUAUCCGUCUCCUGCUCACCUCUCACAACAAGCUGACCCCCCAGGAAUUCCUCAUCUCCUCCAUGGGUGAGAACAAGGCCUCGGUGGAGGAGUACAUGUCUGCGGAGGACAAGAUCAUGGGUGAAGCUGAUCAGGGGAGGACCAGCCUGUACGAGAUGGUGAAGAAAUCCUCACUCGUCGAGCCCACGCCCACCAUGUGCUCGGACGAUGAGGUGAAGGCGGUGCUCCAGAAAACUCUCACGCUCCUCGAAUCUUCUGACCCGGCGCACUCAACGACUUGCAUGGCAGGUCUCUUCUACAAGGUGCGUUCGAACUGCCGUGCUCUCAUGGAGGACGUCGAGAAGAACGGCGUCGACGGCAAGACCGGCUCCGCCAUCGCCAUGAUUCACAUCAGUGUGCUCUUCGUGCUUGGGCAGCACAAGAAGUACUUCUCCUACGAGGAUGCAGCCGAUGAUUCUCUCAUGGCCUCACUUCGAAGGCUCGAGGUUGCGCUGCGGGACUACAAGAUUGGAGGGCCGUCGUCUCCACCUUCAGAGACCACAGACUAGUCCUAUCAUUCUACCUGCAAACCGCCUACCUAUCCAUGUCAUCGAGUAGCUUACCUAUCUAUCAUAAGUCUGCGUGUGUUGAGGCAGUCUAUCUCAGUCUAUGAUAUAUACUUGCAUGAGUGCAUUGAGAACGAAACUCUUUUGGUAUUAUGUUACUCUAUAUUGCUCUGCCAUUAUCUAUCGGUCAAA